AUGAAGGAUAUUCUAAGUCAUAAGAAGGAUUGGAGAGAGACACAAAUAGUCCUCCUCACUGAGGAAUGCAGUGCAAUCAUUCAGAACAGCUUACCAGUGAAGUUUAAAGACCCUGGAAGCUUUAUGAUACUAUACACUCUAGGUGAUACUUGUACAAGGACAGCUCUAUGUGACCUUGGAGAAAGUAUCAACCUAAUACCUACUUUACUAAUAAAGAAGCUUAGUUUGACUGAUGAAGUCAAACCAACCUGCAUGUGCCUUGAACUUGCCGAUGGUUCUAUUAAGAUACCAUCAGGAGUAGUUGAAGAUAUGAUUGUCAGGGUUGGAUCCUUUGCCUUUCUUGAGCAUUUCCUCCAAGUGAACAGUUGUUCUGAACAAGAGUGA